AUGGUGGCUGAACCUUGGUUACUGAGGAUGGGGAAUCAAAUGAGUUCGAAUCUCAAGCACGCUCUCCUCUUGGAAUCGUCUUCAAAACCAUCAGCCAAGAACAAGCAAGACAUCCGCAACAAAACUCCGGAAACAAUCGGAAUCCUUUCGUUUGAGGUUGCGAAUGUGAUGUCGAAAAUCGUUCACCUCCACAAAUCCCUAACGAAUUCCGAGAUCUCUAAAUUAAAAAACGAGAUUCUCAAAUCUGACGGCGUCAAAACCCUAGUUUCCUCCGACGAAACCUACCUUCUAGACCUUGCGCUUUCAGAAAAGCUAGACGAUUUGAGUUUCAUCGCCGGCGUCGUUUCCAGGCUCGGCAAGAAGUGUACAGUCCCACAGCUCCAGGGGUUUCAGCAUGUUUACGAAGAUAUAAUCAAUGGAGCUAUUGAUGUGGGAGGAUUAGGGUUCCUAGUCAAAGACAUGGAGUCAAUGGUGCGAAAAAUGGAGCGAUUCGUGAAUUCUACAGCUAGUCUCUACACCGAAAUAGAAGUUUUGAACGAAUUGGAAGCUGCAACGAGCAAGUUCCAGCAGAAUCAGCAUGAAGAAAGCCGAAAAGUUUUACAACAGAAAGUGAUUUGGCAGAAGCAAGAUGUAAAGCACCUCCAGAAUGUUUCUCUUUGGAAUCAAACUUACGAUAAAAUCGUCGAGAUGCUAGCAAGAACAGUAUGUACCCUCUAUGCCCGAAUUUCUUUAGUUUUCAUCGAUACAAUUUCACGAAGAGACAUGUUCUCCAAUGCUUCUCUCCCCAUUUCUUCUUCAAAUCUACACUCCUGUAGAAGUUUACCUCAAAAUUCAUCCCAGAUCGAUUCCCGUAGUACAAAAUCUGGUGGCAGUUUUAGUAAUUCAGGAUUUGAGAAAAGGGUAAUUAGUCCCAGACCUCAGAUCAUAUCAAAAAAGGGGGAAAUCUCUCUGUUUAAAGCCGAAGAUUUCAAUUUUGCUUGUGGGUUGGGACCUGGAAGAUUGUUCAUGGAAUGUUUAAACAUAAACAGUUCGAUUUCAAAAUUUGAUGAUUUCGAUGACGAUUCUUUCCAAAAACGUGAUGAUCAAAGCAGUCGGAUUUCAAGAGAGAUCACAAAUCAUUCGGCUUUUCAUAGCCGAAUCCCAAGAAUCCCAAAAAGCAGCUUUAAAUCUACCCAAAAAAGCAGCGCAACAAAAACCAGACUAACAGUACAAGCUCCUCCAACCACCAUUGGAGGAUCUGCAUUAGCAUUACAUUACGCCAACAUCAUAAUCGUGAUUGAGAAAUUACUACAAUACCCUCAUCUAGUGGGUGAAGAAGCUAGAGAUGAUUUAUACCAAAUGCUCCCAACAAGCAUACGAUUGGGGUUAAAGAUUAGUCUAAAAUCAUAUAUCAAAGAUUUAGCAAUCUAUGAUGCUCCUCUUGCCCAUGAUUGGAAAGAUCGGCUUGAUCAGAUUCUUGUUUGGCUUUCACCUUUGGCACAUAACAUGAUUAGGUGGCAAAAUGAGAGAAAUUUUGAACAACAACAAAUCGUUUCAAGAACAAAUGUGCUUCUUCUUCAAACUUUAAUGCGUUGUUGGAUUGUGCAAGCAGUUUUGACUUCAAUGAAUGUAUGGAAUGGCAAUCUCAAUAUUCAUGAUGGUCACAUUUGCAUACAGCAAGUCACCACCACCACAAUCUACCAUGUUACCACAACUAGAAGCAACCCCCACCAACGGUGUGUGGAGAUCCGAAAAUGGCACCAAUUUUUGGUUUUCAGCGGAUAG